GUUGUCUUGUGGCAGUCGUGGCGCGUUCAGCUUGAGAUUUGAAUUGAAUUUGGAGUCAAUCAGCAUCGAUUGGAGAGAGAGAGAGAUAAUUCGAGAUAGUUUGUGUGGCGAUUUCGAUCAGUUUCGUUCUUUCGUGAUCAUAGGUCACAUAAACAGCUGACGCUGUGGAGCUGCAAAGAGAGAAAACGUUCGAGUUCCUAAGAGUUUUGACAUUUGUGCUUCUCUUUUUGAUAAUAUCCCUGUAUCUCUAUCGCUUUGCAUUCUAACUGUGAGGUCGAAUACGGCAAGGGGAUUCGGCCCACAACAGCAAGAAUGCCCAAGUUACCAGCAGUUGGCAUUGAUCUUGGUACCACAUAUUCGUGUGUGGGUGUCUUUCAGCAUGGGAAAGUUGAGAUCAUUGCCAAUGAUCAAGGUAAUCGAACCACGCCCAGUUAUGUGGCGUUUACGGAAUCGGAGCGUCUAAUUGGAGAUGCGGCUAAGAAUCAAGUGGCCAUGAAUCCGAAUAAUACAAUUUUUGAUGCUAAACGUCUAAUCGGUCGACGAUUCGAUGAUGCCACGGUGCAAAGCGACAUGAAGCAUUGGCCCUUCGAGGUGAUCUCUGAGAAUGGCAAGCCACGUAUACGGGUUGAGUACAAGGGCGAGAAGAAGAGUUUCUUUCCGGAGGAGGUGUCAUCCAUGGUCCUGACCAAAAUGCGAGAGACCGCUGAAGCUUAUUUAGGUGGUUCGGUUACCGAUGCAGUGGUCACAGUGCCAGCCUAUUUUAAUGACUCGCAGCGGCAGGCAACCAAGGAUGCUGGUGCCAUUGCUGGACUCAAUGUUUUGCGUAUCAUUAAUGAACCGACGGCUGCGGCAAUUGCCUAUGGCCUGGAUAAACAAGGCACCAGUGAACGGAAUGUACUCAUCUUCGAUUUGGGUGGUGGAACGUUUGAUGUGUCGGUACUCACCAUCGAGGACGGCAUAUUCGAGGUGAAGGCCACCGCCGGGGACACUCACUUGGGCGGUGAGGACUUUGACAAUCGUUUGGUCAAUCAUUUUGUGCAGGAAUUUCAGCGCAAACAUAAACGUGAUCUGGGCCAAAAUAAACGAGCUCUACGCCGUCUACGUACCGCCUGCGAGCGUGCCAAGCGUACCCUUUCCUCGUCUACUCAGGCCACCAUUGAGAUCGAUUCGCUAUUCGAGGGAAUCGAUUUCUAUACAUCGGUGACUCGAGCCCGAUUCGAGGAACUAAACGGGGAUCUAUUUCGUGGUACCAUGGAACCGGUGGCCAAAGCAUUGCGUGAUGGCAAAAUGGACAAGGGUCAGAUACAUGAUAUUGUGUUGGUCGGUGGUUCGACCAGGAUACCGAAAGUGCAGCGACUUUUACAAGAUUUCUUUAAUGGCAAAGAGCUGAACAAGUCGAUCAAUCCAGACGAGGCUGUGGCCUAUGGGGCAGCGGUUCAAGCGGCCAUUUUGCAUGGCGAUAAGUCGGAAGCAGUGCAGGAUCUACUUCUGCUGGAUGUCACACCCCUUUCGCUGGGCAUCGAAACUGCUGGUGGAGUAAUGACGACGCUAAUCAAACGGAAUACUACAAUUCCAACCAAACAGACGCAGAUCUUUACCACAUAUGCGGAUAAUCAGCCUGGAGUCUUGAUUCAGGUGUAUGAAGGCGAACGCGCCAUGACCAAGGAUAACAACAUUCUGGGCAAAUUUGAGCUAUCGGCUAUACCUCCUGCUCCUCGAGGUGUGCCACAGAUCGAGGUGACCUUUGACAUUGACGCAAACGGUAUUCUCAAUGUGACAGCGGCAGAUAAAUCCACGGGCAAGGAGAACAAAAUAACUAUAACCAAUGACAAGGGACGUCUCUCCAAAGAGGAUAUCGAACGAAUGGUCAACGAUGCAGAGUCCUAUCGCCAGGCAGACGAGCAGCAGCGUGAUCGCAUCAAUGCCAAGAACCAGCUAGAAUCAUAUUGCUUUCAGCUUCGUUCCACAUUGGAUGAUCAGCAGCUUAGCUCGCGGAUUAAUGAAUCGGAUCGUCAGACCAUUUUACAGAACUGCAAUGAGACCAUCAGCUGGCUAGAUGCCAAUCAAUUGGCCGAUAAACAGGAAUAUGAGCACAAGCAACAGGAACUGGAACGGAUCUGUAAUCCGAUUAUAACGCGACUCUAUCAAAACUCUGGAGCGCCACCGCAGCAGUCAUCAACUAACGAGGAAGCCUCGUCUGCUGGAGCAGGAGGAGGUCCGACCAUCGAAGAAGUCGAUUAGAUAAAUUUACCUUGCAUAACAUUUAUUUUACCUGUUGCUAACCAAGAGUUACCUUUCGGCUUAAAAUGUUUGUUAAUUCCCUUUUAAUUCUCACUUGCUAAUAAAAAUUAUUUCUAGUUCUCCCAAAA